AUGGAUGUCAAAAGCCCAUCGCGCCGUUUCAAAGUCCUGAUCAUCCUAGCCGCCACUGUACUCUCUAUCCUCUACCUCGCAUACCCUCGUGCUCAGAUCGAUCCAGUGAAUACCAGCAAAAACCAGCCUUUGAAGACUGCGGAGGGGAAGGGGAAGGCUGAAGAGGUGCGGUUCGAGAACGCAAUCGCUCCCAAACUCGGAAACGAAACAGUAAAAGCUGAACUAGGCCGUGCCGCGUGGAGAGUGCUGCAUACGACAUUCGCACGAUUCCCAGAUGAGCCCACGGCGGAUGAAAGCCAGGCCUUGAAAGACUAUAUACAUCUGUUCCAGAGGCUAUACCCUUGUGGUGAAUGCGCGCAACAUUUCCACGAACUCCUCAAGAAAUUCCCUCCACAAGUGUCAUCGCGAACAUCGGCAGCAACAUGGGGCUGUCACGUCCACAACGAGGUUAACAGGAAACUGGGCAAGGACAUAUUCGACUGCGCGAACAUAGGUGACUUUUACGACUGUGGAUGCGCAGAUGACGAGGCUGGCGACAAGACGUCAAAAGACCCCUGA